AUGUUAGCAAUUCCUGCGGGAAUUUUCAAAGGAGGAUACUUUCCCUCAUUACAAUCAUCCGACCUAAUUCCAGCGCCCGAAUUAAAUUCAGCAUUUGAACAAAUUCGAGCACUCGAACCAAUUCUACCGCCCGAAUUAACUCCAGGACUAGAAGAAAUUCCAGCACCCGAGCCAACUCCACCGCCAGAACCAGCUCCAGCGCCCGAACCAACUACAGCACCCGAAUCAACUCCACCGCCAGAACCAGCUCCAGCACCCGAGCCAACUCCAUCGCCAGAACCAGCUCCAGCACCCGAGCCAACUCCACCGCCAGAACCAGCUCCAGCGCCCGAGCCAGCCCCAGCACCCGAAUCAACUCCACCGCCCGAGCCAACUCCAUCGCCAGAACCAGCUCCAGCACCCGAGCCAACUCCACCGCCAGAACCAGCUCCAGCGCCCGAGCCAGCCCCAGCACCCGAAUCAACUCCACCGCCCGAGCCAACUCCAUCGCCAGAACCAGCUCCAGCACCCGAGCCAACUCCACCGCCAGAACCAGCUCCAGCGCCCGAGCCAGCCCCAGCACCCGAAUCAACUCCACCGCCCGAGCCAACUCCAUCGCCAGAACCAGCUCCAGCACCCGAGCCAACUCCACCGCCAGAACCAGCUCCAGCGCCCGAGCCAGCCCCAGCACCCGAAUCAACUCCACCGCCCGAGCCAACUCCAUCGCCAGAACCAGCUCCAGCACCCGAGCCAACUCCACCGCCAGAACCAGCUCCAGCGCCCGAGCCAGCCCCAGCACCCGAAUCAACUCCACCGCCCGAGCCAACUCCACCGCCAGAACCAGCUCCAGCAUCCGAAACAAUCCCAGUCGGGACCAUCGCCUCAGCAGAAGAAAUGGAAUCCGCGCAGUCCUGGGACUUUCAAGGAUGGGGCACACCAACAGAACUCCAGAAUUUGUGGACGCUCCUUGCCCCGCUGAUUUUUGAGCUCAUCCCAGUCUUCAUUAUUAAUGUGUUGUAUUAUCUCCCACGUUAUAUAUAUCGACGGUGGUGGCGUAGGGAAGGCAAAACAGAACAGGAGCUCAUGAGCAUUUUGUUUCAUGAGAGUACUGGGCUCAUCCCACAGAUGAAGACUGUGCGAGACUUGGUGCAGAAGGAAGACCAGCGAUUCGCUCGAUUGAAUGGGGAGGUGCAUGCAAUCAAACAGGGAAGGGAGCUGCAAGACCAAUUCCAUGCCGAAACGCAGAAGGAGAUCGAUUCAAUGAAGAAGAUGCUAGAGGAUCAGAACCAACUGCUGGUUCAGUUGCAGCAGAGAAUGCGAGGGAUAUCUUCGAUGUCUGUGCCUUCCAGCAGACAAGCAUCAGUUGAGUGCUAUUGA